AGGAAACACAGGAUCUGGGAAUGAUUCUGACAAGACUACACGAAUUAUCGAGCUUGCUAGUGUUACAAUUGGCAUUGCUAUGUUGCUAUCUGGACUAAGCAUAUGUUUCAUAUGGAAGAGGAGGACGUUGCAAAGUGCACUUAAAAAUACAGUACAGCGUAGAGGUCUACAUGAAAGAAGUCAAGACCUUCUGUUAAAUGAGGCAGUAAUCCCAAGUAACAGAGAGUAUUCGGGUGAAAGUACAAAGGAUGAGCUUGAGCUACCAUUGUUUGAUUUUAGUACCAUAGUGAUGGCUACAGACAACUUCUCUGAUGCGAAUAAACUAGGUCAAGGUGGUUUCGGUUGUGUUUACAAGGGUGUGUUGGUAGAAGGUCAAGAUAUAGCAGUGAAGAGGCUUUCGAAGAACUCAGGGCAAGGGAUCGAGGAAUUUAAGAACGAGGUCAGGUUGAUUGCGAGGCUUCAACACAGAAAUCUUGUUCGACUCCUUGGCUGCUGCGUUGAGAUGGAAGAAAAGAUGCUAAUAUAUGAGUACAUGGUGCACAAAAGCCUGGAUUCCAGUUUAUUCAAUAAAGAAAAAAGCUCACUGCUCAAUUGGCAAAGGCGGUUCAACAUCAUCUGUGGGAUUGCUCGAGGGCUUCUGUACCUUCACCAAGAUUCGAGGUUUAGAAUUAUCCACAGGGAUCUCAAAGCAAGCAACAUUCUACUUGACAAGGAAAUGAACCCGAAAAUAUCAGACUUUGGCAUGGCAAGAAUUUUCGGAGGAGAUCAGACUGAAGCAAGUACAAAAAGAGUGGUGGGAACAUAGUAAGCACCAUAAGGAGUGUCCUGCACUCAUUCUAGGGCACAUCUUCUGUAGCAUCCUUCACUUAAUCCAUUUUAUUUUUGGUAUAUGGUUUGAAUUUUGUUCGUGCUGUGCAGUGGUUAUAUGUCUCCUGAAUAUGCAAUGGAUGGCCUCUUCUCAAUGAAAUCCGAUGUUUUUAGCUUUGGUGUCUUGGUGCUGGAGAUCGUAACUGGUAUGAAGAAUAGAGGAUUCUAUAAUGCAAACAACCAACUUAAUCUUCUUGGACAUGCAUGGAAGCUAUGGAGAGAAGGAAGAGGGCUAGAACUAAUGGAUUCAUCAGCCGGUGAUUUAAAUUCCCCAAAUGAAGUAAUGAGAUGCAUACACGUCGGUCUCUUGUGCGUCCAAGAGCAAGCAGAAGAUAGACCAACCAUGUCGACUGUGGUGUUGAUGUUAAGCAGUGAAACUUCACCACUGCCCCGGCCUAAAAACCCGGGUUUUUGCCUGGGACGAAAGCUUGUUGAAACGGAUUCGUCUUCAAGUAAACAAGAUGAAACAUGUACCGUGAACCAAGUGACUGUUACUAUGCUAGAUCCUAGGUAGUUGAAGGCAUGACCCUUACCUAGCAUAAUUGUAGAGCAAUUUGCAGUUCUCUGUUCAUAUGAUGCAUUUGAUCAAUUUUUGUGAAAGUUAAGGAAAUUGAUAGGUCUUCUUUUGUUUAAGACAUACAUGUAUGAGUUUAUAAAGUUCAGUGAGCACAUUUGUUUCCA